GAUCGGUGGUAAGCUGUGUCCUUGGGACAAUGGAAAGAGCCCAAGACAUCAGCUCUGUCAGGCGAUCAGCUGUGUCCAAUCACAGCUGAUCGCCUCAGAGGGAUAUGUACACUGAUCAUCAGGGCACUGAUGAUCAGUGUGCCCUGAUUAUCAGUGUAGCCCCAUCAAUGCCACCUGGCAGUGCCCAUCAAGGCCACCUGUCAGUGCCCAUUAGUGCCAUAUCAAUGCCACAUAUCAGUACCUACCAGUGGACAUCAAUGCCACAUAUCAGUGCCCAUCUGAGCUGCCUUUCAGUGCCAUCUAUCAAUGCCAGUCAGUGCUGCCAAUCAGUGCCACCUGUCAGUGCCGCCUAUCAGUGCGCAUCAGUGCUGCAUGUCAGUGCCGCAUAUCAGUGCCGCCUAACAAUGCCAGUCAGUGCCACCUAACAGUGCCAAUCAGUGCCACAUAUCAGUGCC